CCUUCCGCUUCCAGAAGAGGGAGUGGCCAUGGAUCUGAGAAAUCCACGAGGCGCACUCCUGCAGGGUCACAUUCUAAGGAAAAUUCACAACGUUCCAGAUCCAAGUCAAGGUCCAGGUUUUAGUCUAGAUCGAGAUCCAGAAGAAGUUCCCGAAGGCAUUACACUAGAUCACAUUCUCCCUCCGGCUCUCACAAUCGAGAGUUCCGAAGGCGGCAUAGCCACAGUCCACUCUCCAAUGGCUAACCGCAGGCGUCACGUGGGGAAUCGGGCUAAUCCUGAUCCCAACUGUUGUCUCGGGGUGUUUGGACUGAGUCUGUACACCACAGAGAGGGACCUCAGAGAACUAUUUUCCAAAUAUGGCCCAAUUGCAGAUGUGUCCAUUGUGUAUGACCAGCAGUCACGGCUUUCUCGGGGGUUUGCCUUUGUCUACUUUAAGAAUGUGGCUGAUGCCAAGGAAGCUAAGGAGCGGGCCAAUGGAAUGAAGCUGGACGGUCGGAGGAUCAGAGUGGAUUUUUCUAUAACAAAAAGACCCCACACCCCAACUCCUGGAAUCUACAUGGGAAAAUCCCGUAAGAGAGAGAACUGAGCUCUGAUUACAGAUGGAAGCAUAAUUUUUUCACUUUCUUGCUUGCCUUUUCACGACAUGGCUAAUAUGGAAAUAUGUUUUGCAUGAUUUCACAUGUAUAAUUGAUAUCACAUUGCUUGUCCUCUCAAUGGGCUGUAGGAGGCAGAGGGGUAGAGAAUGUAGAUCUCAAAAAUAAUUUUUUAAAUAAAUGUUAAAAAUAAAUAAGUAACAAAUGUAGGGGAAAAUUAAAAGAAAAAAAAAUUUAAAGACUUCCAAAGUAUUGAAAACCAUAUGAAAGAAUAUUUCAAAUCAUUA